ACAUUUGACAUUCUUUCGAUGGCCACAUGAGCAGACAAGAUAAUCAGCGAGAUAAAGGAAGGGAGCGUCGCCGUGCCAACCUGCAGGGGGGGAGUGUGGAGAGGUGGUUUAUGGGUAAAGAAGAGGGGAGGGGUGGGGUAUAAAGUAGGGGCAACUGGAUGUUCUCAAUCCCACGGUGUUGCUUCAUCACUGGCCUCUCAGCUAGCCUCCAGACAUGGCGUUUAACGGGAUCUGGAAAGUAGACCGCAGUGAGAAUUAUGAGAAGUUUAUGGAGCAGAUGGGUAUUAAUGUGAUGAAACGUAAGCUAGCUGAGCACGACAACCUCAAAAUCACCAUUGAGCAAAACGGAAACAACUUCCACCUCAAGGAGUCCAGCACUUUCCGCACCAAAGACAUCGACUUCACUUUGGGCGUCCAGUUUGAUUAUACCCUCGCGGACGGCACCGAAGUCUCCGGAACAUGGGAGUUGGAGGGGGAUAAACUGAAUGGAAAGUUCACGAGGAAAGACAACAGCAAAGUCCUGAUCACCACGAGGUCUAUUGUGGACGGAGAGUUGGUGCAGACUUACAACUAUGACGGUGUGGAUGCCAAGAGAAUCUUCAAGAAGCAGUAAAGGGAGUUUUAUACUUUUGUAUUCUAGUUUGUAUGUUUUCUAAUAUUUUUCAUGCAAAGUUUGUAAUAGCACUAUGUUUUAUACCUCAAAUGAAUUCAACCUAGGAAAGUAGUCACCUUGUUCCAAAUGUAAAGACAAUGGGAAAUAGCUGAAA